AUGGCCGUCAACGAUGCCGCCGCUCUGGACACCGAACCAAACCGCAGGCGCUGUCUGCAGCCCUCCCACCUGUCACCCAGACUCGUGCCCGAGGCGACACCACAAGGAGGGACGUCUCCGCCUCACCCUCGCAGCUGCGCCAAGUGCCUAAGAUCAGUCCUGUGCUCUCGGUGCAUCACCGCGGCCGACUCAGCUGAGGUUGGUGGUGAUGGUGGUGGGUGCUCUCACGGAAGCCUGGAGUGUGAUGCCCUGGUGCGUCUGUCGGCUUUGCAACGCGAGCAGCCGGACCUGGCCAGCUCCCUGCUGGGUGGCAGCACGGUUUACCUCAGGCUUCUUUUGCAGCUGCUCGCCAUGCGCUCGAGGGAGCUCGGAACGAACUCAACUGCAGGGUCGGCGGCGGCUCGGGCGGGGGAUGCGACGGCGUACCUUAGCGACAUGGACGAUCUCGAAGACCACCUGGACGACCUCCUCGACGGUGGCGAGAUGGAGGCUAGGAUGGGAAACACAAUUGGAGCCGCUAGGCUGGUGGCGCCGGCGGCUUGGAAGGCGAACCAGGACGUCUGCUCCGAGUUUCUCGGGAAGCUGUACUGCAACUCCAUGACGAUCGGGAAAGCGGGGUUUUCCGCGCCUCUCGCCGGGUGGGGUUACUGGAGCGGGAUCCGGGGCUGCCUGUACUCGGACUUCGGGGUGGGCCUGUACCCGGCGGGCGCCAUGUUCAACCACUCGUGUCGGCCCAACUGCUCGUGGCGCACCAACCGCUCCGGGGAGCUGUGCGUGGUUGCCGUGGAGGACGUUCCUGCCGGCUCCCAGCUGUUCAUCUCCUACGUGGACAUCUUGCAGCCUUGGCCGGUGAGGCAAGACCUCCUCCGCUGCCACUUUUUCUUCGAGUGCGCCUGCCCGCGGUGCUGCCGCAGUCCCCCCGCGCCGCCAAGGAGAGCGGUCCGAAGCGCCAGGAGCAAGACGGGAGGCAGUGGUAGCGAUACGGCGGACCCUUGCAGCGGGGGUGGUUAUUCCAGUGACACGAUCUACGGAGAGAGUCGCGACAGGGAGGAGAUGGUUUCCGGGGCGUGGGUCUGCCCCAAGAGAGCGUGCUGCGGCAACGGGAGAGUGCUACCGCCGUUGUCGACGGCAGGGAGAGGCGGUGCUGCCGGUGGCGAGGCACAGCUUGAAGUAAGGCCGCAUGGAUGGGGGGCGCAGCAGGCGCGCUGCCGAUGCGUAGACUGCGGGGGCGUUACGGGGGAAGCGUACUUCGACCGAUGGACGGAGCUGCUGCGGGCGAAACAGACGGCGGCGGACGACGACUUGGCGGGCGGGAGGGUGCGGGAGGGGAGAAGGAAGCUCGCCGACCUGCAGGUCUUGUGCGAGAGGCGCCUCUCGCCCCACAACUCCUUCUCCCUGGGGGUGCACUGCCGACUGUCCUUGGCCGCAGCCGUCGACAGGGACUGGCCGACGACCAUCGCGCACGCGGAGCGUGCGCUGGGCUGCAUGCGGAGAAUCGCCUCUGAGAUCGAAGGAGGAGGAGGAGGAGGAGGAGGAGGAGGAGGAUUGUCGGCCGGGGCGAUCGAUAGAGGCACGUGCGUCGGCGAGGAGGGUGGUGAUGGUAUUCGUGGCGGACGUGGAAGUGAUGACAACCGUGGUGGUGGUGGUCGCGUCAGCAAGCGCAGAAGGGGCGGCGGUGACGAGAGGGACGGUGGCAGUUUCACGACUGCUGUGGUGUCUUCGGAAUGCCCUCUCCUUGCUACCGCGAUUUGGGAGGCGAUCCUCGUGGAGGUGCUGGACCGCGUGCUCCCCUUAGCAGGGCGACACUGCGAGACAGAACUACACAGGGCGAGGGUCGCUUUCGCCGAGCGGGUGGUUGGCGUGCUGGGGUUGCGUCGCAGCAGCCUUGUGACCCUGCCUGGUGAAUCAUGA